AUGAACGAGCUUAAUAAAAAAAAUAAGAAGAUAACGGAAUUAGGAGAAAAAUAUAAAGAUUUAAGUGCGAAAUAUCACGCGAUUAAAAAGGAUCACGAUACUGGUGAUGGUUAUUACACGGAAAGCCGACAAUUGCUUGAAUGCGAAAAUACUGUAUUAAUUCGUCGCAAUUUAGAAUUUUUUGAGGAAAUCGAAGCAAUUACAACCAGAAAUAGUGAGCUGGAAAAUAACCUACAAUUAAUACAGCAACAGGUAAGUUUUUUACGGUAA